CUUUAGCGACGCUGCGAAACGCCGUCAAGACACGUUUAGUAUUCUUUUGUUUUUAUUUUCCCCCCGCAUAUUCUUUUUAUAUUUAAUUACUUUGUGCAAUUACCAUGCCACCUUUAUCGAGUCGCCACGGCAUGUGGACGCCUUAAUAAUGUUUUCAAGCGGUACCUCGGGCUCGGAUUGCGGCAGCUGCAGAUGAAGUGAGAAGCCUGUGUCACUGAUGCCGGAUGCUGAUCGCCUCUGGCUGUGCUCAGUCCGUGAGUGAGCACUAAGAUGAGCGGAACAGGAGAGCAGGCCGACAUACUGUCGGUGGGGAAUGUGGUCCGAGACCGAUGGAGGGUGAUCAAGAAGAUUGGUGGUGGAGGCUUUGGAGAGAUCUAUGAAGUUCUGGACCAGCUGAACCAGUGCAACGUGGCUCUUAAAGUGGAGUCAGCUCAGCAACCCAAACAGGUCUUAAAGAUGGAGGUGGCUGUUCUGAAGAGGCUCCAGGGUAAGGACCACGUCUGCCGCUUCGUCGGUUGUGGACGUAACGAUCGGUUCAACUACGUAGUGAUGGAGCUUCAGGGAAGAAACCUGGCCGAUCUUCGGCGCACGAUGAGCCACGGGACAUUUUCGCUGUCCACCACUCUCAGGCUCGGGCGACAGAUUCUGGAGGCUAUCGAGAGCAUCCACUCAGUAGGCUUCCUGCACAGAGACAUCAAACCGUCCAACUUUGCUAUGGGACGACUGAAGACUACUUGCCGAACGUGCUACAUGCUGGACUUCGGCUUGGCACGGCAGUUUACAAACUCCUGUCAGGAAGUCCGUCCGCCUCGUCCGGUGGCAGGAUUCAGGGGGACCGUGCGCUAUGCCUCAAUCAAUGCUCACAAGAACAAGGAAAUGGGGCGUCAUGAUGACCUGUGGUCUCUCUUUUACAUGCUUGUGGAGUUUAUGGUGGGUCAGCUUCCCUGGAGAAAAGUCAAGGACAAAGAGCAAGUGGGGAACCUGAAGGAGACCUACGACCAUCAUCUCAUGCUUAAACAUCUUCCUGUAGAGUUUAGCGUUUUUCUCGACCACAUCUCGGGCCUGGACUACUACACUAAACCAGACUAUCAGCUCCUGAUGUCCGUGUUCGAGAACAGCAUGAAGAUUUAUAAUGUCUUGGAGAACGAUCCGUACGACUGGGAGAGGAGUGACUCAGAGGAGUCGCUUACAGUCGCUGCUUUAGGGACCACUGGCCAGCAGCUGACUCGACUCACACCAGCGUACUUGGGCAUGGCCAACGCCUCUGUGAUACCGGGUGACAUGCAGCGUGAAAACACAGAGGAUGUCCUUCAGGGCGAGCGGCUCAGCGAAGCAGACAAUUGCCCGCCGAUCCUGCCUCAGCACGCUCACGGAGCUGACGUAUGGGAGGAGAUGGAACGUAGCCGAGAACGCAACCGCAAUCACGUUCAACCGCAGAUUCGAAAGGUGGCCAGCGAAGAUGAGAGGAAUAAAGAGGGCAAUCAGAGCCCCAGCAGCGGCUCGGCGCAGGCCUCUCCGAGGCGGGUCCACUCCGAGACCUUACUCAUCGACCGCAUGGCUCCGCUAUUGAGGAGGAUGCGUCACAGUCACAGCAUGGGUCUGGAUAAGAGACUGACUCCUGAACCCAAACCUACUAUUGAACGAUUCCUGGAAGCCUACUUGGGUAAGCAGCGACCGGUCAUACCACAGGACAGGAUUGGGUGUCGUCCUGAGCAGGGUUCUUUAGAGGACGAGGAGGGGGCAGCCAGCAGCGGUUAUGUAGCAGUGAACCUCAGCCCAGUCCCACAGGAGGGAGACUCUCAAGAGUGGGUGCUGGUUGAGCUGGAAGGAGGAAGCGGAUCAGCAUGCUCGAAGCCUGACGAGGAGGAGCGCUCCACCAGCCCCCUGGCUCUGCCUCGCACCUGGUCUGAUCCCCUACCUCGGCGAGCCAGCAGCCUCAGUGGCUCCGGAGAACUCCAAACUGCUCUCUGUCACACCGUACCUCCGUUUACUCGCCUCCCCGGACUGCCAGGUCUAACAGGGAUUUCUGGCAUCACGGGGCUGAGGAGGCUGCCUACUAUUCAGCCAGCAUCUAUUGUGCACAUUAACAGAAGUCAGCUAGAGCAGUUAUCCAGCACCUUACCAAAAUCUAUCCACCUUCAACAAAAGGGUGAAAGUGAUCCAGUUCAGGACUCUCCAACACUCCCUGCGGAAGACGACUCCAAUCAUCCCCCAGCUGAUUCCCCACCCAAAACCUCCUCCCAACCUCCUGCCCCAGCAAAUGACCAUCUGAGCCUUGCCAAACCAACCGAGAAAGACUUAGAGAGUGACUCGGGUUGUCCCGAUGUCGGCCCUUCUACGACUCCGAACCAUGGCGAGACCACUGGAGACACGGUCGACGCAGGCCCCGCCUCCCCGGUCCCGGCGUCUCCUCGGGAAUUGUCCCCGCGGGCCAGCCGCAUUCCUGUGCGUGACCCCGACUCCCCCACUAGGAGGAGUUUUGCCCCCCUAUCACCAUCCCUCUCUUUAUCAUGUGAGCACUUCCCAUCAGCUCUGCUACGUGACAAGUUCUCCUUCCCCUCAGAGCGAGGUUCUCGUGCGUCUGACUUCCAGGGUGAUGAUCUGCUCUCGCUCUCCUCCUCCUCUAGCCCACUGUCCAGCAGGAGCAAGAUCCCCAGGCCCAUAAGUCCCACGUUGGUUCCAGACCAGUUCUCUGCUCGCUUCAUGCCACGUCCACCUCCCGGAAAACCACCCCUCCGCCCAGGGGGAGAAAACAGGCGCAGACGUUACCGUAUCCGUGCCAGCAGCACCAGCGAUACGGAUCUCCUCGACAACCUCUCCCAGCUGAUGCAGGAGAGAGGGGGCGUGGCCGUAUCCCGCUACCAGCGUACCACUUCCUCCAUACAGCGCUCCUUAAGCUCCUCCCCAUCUCGCUUCGAGGGAUGUCACGGCAUUUUAGGCUCGCCACCGUCACGGAUGUGCGAGGUACGAGUCAAACGCGGCGUCGGUUAUUGUGCCGGAGGCAGAGCAGGAAGCCCUGAGAGCAAAAUCACUAAUAAGGUGAACAAAUGAAUGAUGAAAAGUCUUACGAGACAAUUUGACGGACCAAUGAUGAUUUCAUGGAUUUUAAAGGACUCAGUUAAUCAAGAUCCGCUUUUAAAACGGUAAUAAUGAGGUUGGAAAAAAACGAACGGAUAGAAGUGCGAAAAAGUGCGUGGCACGAAAGAAAACGCCAAACGGAAAAGAAAAAAAAGCCCAACAGUGUUGGUUAAAAUUACUUGAAAGCAUUGUAUAUAAACCAUUUGUUCAUACCUCUGACAUUCCCAUACCGCACUCCACUUCUGACAUUCGACUUUUCUUAUUCGUUCGCUCUCCAUCUCAUGUACCCUCCUGUGGAAACGUACAAGCUCGAGGAUUUACGUUCAGAUUCCCUGAGGAAAUGUUCGGUGUUUACUCCCUUCAUCGUGCACGACAUGGCUAUCAGAUACAGAAACUCUAUAGCUACCUGUUUAGCUUUGUACAAUAGCAUCUCCAUAGCUAAUCAGUCACACGCCGGUCUCCGUUCAGUCACCGCAGAGAGAUUAUGCAAAUCACAGACUCAUCAGAAACAUCACAUGAUCGAUAUAUUAUACGACAUUAUAUUAUAUUAUUAUGAAAUACAGCAUACGAUAUCAUGGUCAACUCUGGCUUCAGGCUUUGGGUCACAUUUACAAACUGAGUGACACCAAAAUAAAGAAAAAAAAAGAGCUCUGUGAGGGAGUUUUCAGCUCCUAGACCUAAUAAGGAGUGAAAAUGUGAGCUAAUAGCUAGUUUAAUAGCUAAUUUAACAUCCAGCCACCAACGUGCGCUUCCUCUGAGACACGUGAGGCUACAGGAUCUUGGAUCAACCGGUCGUUUUCUCUCCUCUCGUCUCUCCCGUUAUACCCACAGUCUAGAAAUUUUCCUUUCUUUUUGUGGCAUUCGGGAGCAACACGGCCGGUCGUUUUCUUUUAGCUACAAAACACACACCUUAUGCAAAUAGCUUCUGUUUUAUUUUCAAACUGUUUGGUAUACAAACAUUUACUGUAGGUGUGACUGUGACACAGUCCUCACCGGUACAUGUUUAGCUAGAUUAAAAAAAAGAAAUCACAGAAACCUAGUUGUAAAUAACAAACAAACAAAUAAAAAAUGCUACGUCACUACAAGACAGCUGUGACUAGCGAAGACCUGCGUUUUCACAGGAGUGUAUCAUAGACAGUACACUACAUGUAUAGGGUGCCAAUAUAUUUCUAUCGUUUUUACGUCGUCGCUUGUUGAUGUGUCAUUUUACUCCAAUGUUUCAGACAUGUACUUGAAAUCAAUUUUUUUAUAUUUAAAACUGUGGAAUAAACAUAGUAUUUUAUUUUUAUUGUUUAAAAAACAUUUGCAAACACAUUUACAUGAUUUUGUUUUACAUCAAUUCUUCCUGUUAUAUAUUUUUUUUUACCAUUUUCUUUUAUUUGUCUCUCGCUCUACCCAUCGUUCUUUCUGUGUGUGUAUAUAUAUAUAUAAACUAACAUUGUAUGUAUAGUCACAUAUGUUACAAGCAAGCAUGUGUAUAUAUGUAUUUCAGGGAAUGUACGUACUGUAAACUACGUUAUAUCUCAUAGAAUGUAUUUAUUUAUUUAUUAGACGUGUUAAAAUGACAAUGUAGCCCAGCUCUUCGUUAUCUGAGAGGGUUUUUAAUCUUUCCGCCCGCUCUUCAGAACGAAAGCUCUCGCCGGUUAAUACGUCCGUACGGUGGAUCAGCACUGUGGAGAGAAGCUGUCGCUGUAGCACUCUGAUGUUAUGAACUAAAAUCAGUGCGAUAAAAUCGAUUCCCAAAAAAAAAAAAAACAAGCUGUAUGUUAUUAUUAAUGCUCGAAUGAUGUGUGUAUUUUGCAUUGUACUGAAACGUGUCCGGAUGGUGAACGAGCGCUGCAGAGGUGCAUGACAGAUGGAUUUCAUUAUUACAAAUAAGAUCAAAUCAGGAUUGUUUAAAAAAAACUCAUGUGGUCUCGUUCACAUCGGUGUAACGCGUUCAUCCUGCUGUAGCUGUGUGUGCUGUGGAGUCAGGCUUAGCGCUUUUCUUCUCGAUCUCUCAAAGUACGUAUUUGCUUUAUUUCCAUCAGUAGAGCCCAGCUAUAUAUAUGAUAUGAUAUAUAUGAUAUGAUAUAAUAACACAGCUUACCGUUUAAACAAUGUACAGAAUCCCAUGUGUAUAUAGAUAUAAAUACGAUUAAAAAAGCUUCAUGCUUCAUGUAAUGUAUUUUGCUAACAAACAUCAUUGUUACCAAGAAAGGUCACUACAUUGGAAUGUAAAUGUAUUCAUAUAAACAUAAUAAAUACUGACGUGCAA